AUGUGGUGGACGCUGCCCUUCCUCGUAUUCUUCGUUCUCCUCGCCCUCUUCCUCUUUCUCAUCUUCCAGCGGACCACUAGUACCACCUCCGGAGGCAUCGGAUCCUCGCCCGCCACCUCCUCCGCCCCCUUCGAAGCCAGCGUGGAGCGACCAGUCGAGGAGGAGGUGGAGGGAAAGAAGAACGAAGAGCCGACCAAGGCGCCUCCAGCGGCCGUGACGACUCCAGCCGCCGCCGAGGUCGCAUCUCCUUCUCCGGCGCAGAUGAAAGCGGAAACGCAGAAGAAGAAGAACCAAACCACCACCAAGACGUCGGUGACGAGAAGGAAGGAGCAGGUGGCCACGGGGCAAGUGCUGGUGGUGGGCGGUGUGGACGACCUGGUGGCCACCUAUGCCGCGAACGAGAAGGACGACCGGCAACGAGCAGCCAGCGAGGCAGCGGACCCCGUCGAGUCGGCGAGCUUGAGCGGAGCGGCACUGGUCGCGCGGCACCUCGUCGCAGCUGAUGGCGAGGCCACGGCGGAACGCAGAGGCGAUGGCAACGUGCUGGCUGCUUACCGUCACUGCCACGGCUCAGACGGGGAGAGGGAGCCGGUGGGGGUCUACUACUGCAAUGAAAAGGUGGACCCGGAGCACUGGGUCAAGUGCGUUGUCAACGCGUGGUCACUGCACCAUCUCCUGGGCGCAAGCAUUCCUCCGAUCAAGACGCUCGCAGCGCCAGUCGAGCCAUCACCGUGGGGCAUGGCCAUGUUCGAGGCCAUGUUUCCUGGCAUCACCUUUGUGGCGCCGCCCUCGGCCGGUAAAUGUGCGGUCGCCGACCUGAACUCGCUGCAGCUGUGGCGGACCGAAGAACCAGCCACACCCACUUUCCAUUCGGUCGACGCUGCGCUGGCGUUCAAGGAAUUGUUCUAUGAGCGCGUGACACUCCUGGUGCAGAAGCAAGCCACCAUUCUCAACGAAUUUGAUCUGGCUUACCUGCUCGCCGAAGUUACCCACAUGCCGAUCGCCAUAGUCGACUUGGACAAGCUGCCCGUGCUCGACCAGGUUCGUUUGAUGUCGAACACGGGCAUCUUGGUCGGCAUGCACGGAGCCGGCUUCGUCAAUGCGCUCUUCCUGCCGCGGGGCGCCGUGACCGUGGAGAUGUUCGCUGGCCGGUACUACAGCUCCGUGUACGGCCGCAGAACUGGCGUUACCCACAUGCCGAUCGCCAUAGUCGACUUGGACAAGCUGCCCGUGCUCGACCAGGUUCGUUUGAUGUCGAACACGGGCAUCUUGGUCGGCAUGCACGGAGCCGGCUUCGUCAAUGCGCUCUUCCUGCCGCGGGGCGCCGUGACCGUGGAGAUGUUCGCUGGCCGGUACUACAGCUCCGUGUACGGCCGGUACGCCGCGCCGGGCGGGGUCUCCGCCUAUUCCUACCACGAACCAGGGGUGAGCUCGGUCACAUCAUCACCCCAAGACCAAGCAGCAGAACUGGCGGUGUCGCUUGAGUCGUUCCGCGUGGUCAUGCAGAAGGCGGUACAGGCCUGGCGCGAUAACAACCAACUGUAUUACCAUCAAGUCGGCACGCCUGCUGCAUGA